GCCAAAGAUGAGGCGGAAGCUGGGAACCGGAAGCCUGAAGCAGCUGUUUUAAGCGAGGCACAGAACUUGGGAGGGGGUCCCUGGUGGUCAUCUAGCUCAACCCCCCGCAAUGCAGGAAUCUCAUCCAUAACAGAACGGCUCGGGGCUUCGGUGGCUUCUUCUCCUCUUCCUCCUCCAGCUCCCUUGUGGUCUCGAUUUCCCCGAGGGUAGCCGGGGGGGCAGGCGGAGGCCAACCCCGGGGAGACACUGCGUGGAGCAAGACGCCGCUGAGCUCGGGCGCCCGCUGCCGUGCGCCACGAGGGGCGAGGAAGGAAGCGGAGCAGCGCUCAACCACUGGAACGAACCCAUUUUCACCACUGCAUUCAGAAGGAUGGCAUCCCUGACGCUUUCUGAGCCAGCCCCUCUUCCUGCUGGUGUGGCAACAGUUGCUCUGGUUCCAGCUCAGGUUUUGGUGACCUUUCAGGACGUAGCGAUCCACUUCAGUGAGGAAGAAUGGGCCCUUUUGGAUCCGGACCAAAGAGCUCUCUAUAUAGAUGUCAUGGUAGAGAACAACUUCAACUGGGCCUCUCUGGGAGGAUGUUUCUUUCCCAAGCUGACCCUCACUUCCAGGCCUAAAGGCACCAACAAUCUCUGUGUACCGGACUCCAAGGAAAUGGAGAGAAUUUCAGGUGGUGGCAUGGCAAGUGAGACCAAGCAGAAGCCUCUUCAGCCAGAAGAUUAUUCCUUCGAAGCCAACAAGACUUUAAUGAGAAGAUCCCAGUAUAAUGUUUCUUUUUCAAAGGAGGCUUGGAGCCAAGAUUGCCUCUCCUCAUCCUCUUUGUGUGAUAGAAUAAUGUUUGGCGAGGCUGAAGGUCCACUCCUCCGUUCUGAGCACCCAGAAACACGAGAGGAAUCUUUGAGAAGACUAGAGCAGAAAGGUGAGGCCUCUGGAGGCCUCCUCAUAGAUGAAAGAGAAGAGGUGUGGACCAAUUCCGGGAGGACUUACCGGUGGAAGUCGUUCCUCGUCCCACGGGAAACAAAACCUCCAAGGGAGAAGCUCCACAGGUGCCCGGUUUGCUGGAAGUGCUACAGCACGAGGCCCAUCCUGGCGCGCCACCAGAGGGUCCACACGGGCGAGAGGCCGUACCAGUGCUCCGAGUGCGGGAGGAGCUUCGGCCAACGCAUCGACCUGAAGAACCACCAGAGGAUCCACACAGGCGAGAAGCCGUAUGUGUGCUCCGAGUGCGGGAAGAGCUUCAAGCACCACUCCAGCUUGACGGCCCACGAGAAGAUCCACACGGGCAACAAGUCCUAUUCGUGCCUGGAGUGCCGGAGCAGCUUCAGCAACAGGUCGAGUUUCUCCAAGCAUCAGAUGACCCACUUGGCAGAGAAGGCAGAGCCUUCUCUGGGAGCAGCAAAAGUUUCAGGGACCGGUGGAACCUUACAGGACAUCAGAGAAUCCACCUGAGAGAGAUGGGCUGGCCACCUCUGCCAUGAACUUAGGACAUUCCUGUCUUACGGGGGCAAGGGAAAGCUGUGGCCCUCAAUGUGUUAUUGGACUCCAGCUCCCCGGACCCUUGCCUAUUGGCCGUGCCCCACUGUGCUUGGUUUUACUCUGAAGUUCCAGAGCAGCAUUGAUCCCUGGCAAAAGCAGGGCUUGCCUUGGGUGCUGAAAGCAAGCCCUUCCUGGGGCAGGAAUCUGGUUUCAUUAUGAAGGUUUGACUGGGUGGUUUUAUGGGGUUUCUGAACUUUUGCAUUAAAUACACGAUGGUUUUGUACUGAAA